AUGGACCAACUCAUUCACUUCCUAUCGGCAAACUCGAAUAUUCGUCAUGCAACUCCAGAGUCUGCGGACUUUGCGGAUCUUCGCGAGCAGUUUGUUAUUCAGGAAACUAGGACCCCGGGCAUAAUCGUGCGGCCACGUACUAUCGAGGAUAUUGCUUCCUUGGUAAAAGUUCUGACAAUAAACAAUCUGCCUUUCAGUGUCAGAGGAGGCGGGCAUGACAUGUUCGGAAGAACUGUUGUAGAAGAUGGUGUCUCAAUUGAUAUGCGUGAGGUCUCUCAUAUCCAUGUCGACAAGGCUUCCCAUACUGCGCGGGUUGGUGGUGGGGUGAUCAUCCUGGAUCUACACCGAGAGUUUGAUAAGCAGAAGGUGACUACAGCCCACGCAGUGACGCCCACUGUCGGAUUCACCGGAUGGGCGAUUCAUGGCGGUUACGGUCUUUUGAGCACUAACUACGGGCUCGGCUCAGAUCAGAUCGUGGGCGCUCGGGUAGUCGAUGGACAAGGCAAUAUUGUGGACGCCGACGAGACCUUGCUCACGGCCAUCCGAGGAGGGGGUGGGUCGGUGGCAGUUAUUUACGAGCUAGUCAUCAAAGUCUACCCCUCAGAAAAGAUACUGGGGGGGGGGUUCAUCGCCUAUCAAUCGGCAGAUUUGGUCGCCACGAUACGUCAGUAUAACGAGAAUUAUCGCAAGCUUAAAUAUGAGAAGAUCCCACCUGCCAUGGGCUUAUAUCAAGGCGUGAUGGAUGGACCGGGAGGAAGGCUAUUCACCAUUUUUGUACUUUGGUCUUCAUCCGAUCUCGAAGAAGGCCAAAAGUGGGUUGACCGAGUAGCCGAACUGGCUCCCAUUGCCGUCAAAAAUGUCGCGCCAACUACAAUUCUCGAAUUCAGUGAAGUAGUUGCCACUUUGACAGAGAAGAAAUCAUACGCUACAAUUUUCUGCCCUGGAUUCUACGACUUGACACCCGAAGUUACCGAUGUAAUUGGCACUUACGCAAAGAACCGGCCAAACUACCCAGGACCUGCACUUGGCAUACACGAACUCCGUGCAGAGGCACCCAGAGAGUUUGCAAAUUCAGUCUUCAACGCAAGGGAUCCGCAUUUCCUCGUCGAGAUUCUUGCCUUGGCUGCCUCACCAGAGGCUUUUGAGGAGUUGCGGGAAUGGGGCCAGCGAUUCUACGAUGCCCUCAUGAAAACAGAUCCAGCCAAUGUUUACCCUAUUUCGUAUAUUCCGCUGAAUCCAGAUGAGAGAUUGAAUUUCAGGCUCAUCUACGGUCGGCGUUAUGAGAUACUCAAAAAGGCCAAGCAGCAGUAUGACCCAUCAAAUGCUUUCAAGCACUCGGUCGUGCGGCCCUGA